GGAGGGCGUGCGUGACCGCGGGGUUGUGUGUUUAGGAAAUGAGGUGGGCGUGUGUUGGGUUGUGAAUCCAGCCCUCGGAGAGAAGCCUGAAGCAACAGCUGGAUCAGCAGAGUGUCCCUCUGCGCCGGAGCGCCGCAGGAUGCUUUAGGUCGGUCCAGUGGGGAACCUUUCAUGAUGCCUUCACUGUCGGGGCUUGGAUGGACCGUUUGCUGCCUCCUUUUGCUCUCCGAGAGGCCAUCAGCUCGGAGCACAGAGCAGCGAUGCCCGGCGGCCGGUUCGGUCGGGCCGCAGCAUCCUGUUCAGGGUCUGCUGGAGAGGUUUGAGGCAGGUCCGGGCUGCGCUGCAAGUGAACGUGGGAGCAAAGAGACUCAUGUGGUUGCAUUGGGAAGAGUCACAAACAGCCCCGAAAACAAGGUGACGGUGCUGCUGAAGCCUCUGUCUUUGACUCUUUCUCCUCUCAGAGCCGUCUACCUCGUGCUCAGCUCCAAGCUCCCGGUCAGCUGGUGGCUGGAGGCUGAAAGGCUGCCGGCCAACCUGUCAGUGCUGGUGCAGGUAUCCCGAAACUCCAGCGUACAGUCCCUCUCCCUCCGUUUGCAUGUCCAGUCGGUGCAUUCGUUACCUUUCCGGCCCCGAGCGCUGCACCGCUGGGCUCUGAAGCACCACGGCAACCUGUCCUCUCUGACGCACACAACGCACGGCAAUCGAGUUUACCUCCGCCUGGGAGAGGAUCUGACGCUGCCCGCUGUGUGCCAGCUGCAGUCCAUGUUCCUCUCCCACAACUACAUGACCUCUGACCUGCAGCAGCAGGAGGUGCAGGGCUGCAGCGGCACGCCGGCCGCCGCAUCCAACCCCGAAGUUCACGUCAUCAAACUGCACUCGGCCGGCUCGGGGCUCUGUGGCUCUCUGCAGGUGGAGGCGACCGUCUCUCUCGUGCCUCCGGUGGCCGCUUCAAAGUCGCACAAGGUUGUGUUGAUUCUGAGCAGCUCGGUGCCGGUCAACUGGGCCAUCGUUGCUCCCGGUGUCCGGGGUCGCAUCACCGUUCACGCCUCCAACAGCGUCUCUCCGUCCUACCCACCUGAGCCCGGCCUCACCGUGUCCAGCACCCUCAACGCCGACCUCUCCACCAUCACCGACCUCCUGGUGUGGGCUGCUGAGAGCGGCUACCCCGCGGUGACCUCGUACACCGAGGCCGAUCUGGCCAACCGCUUUGUGAUCCGGCUGGCUGAGGGCGGUGCAGAGGAGGCUGCAGCAGUAAACCCUCUGCUGCUGAGGCCUUCCUGGAUGGAGGAGCGCCGGCUGAGGCAGGGGCUGAACGGUGGAGGCAGAGCAAGAGGAGGAGGAGGAGGCCUGGAGAGCUUCCCGGUGAAGUGUGAGGACGGACAGCUCAGCGUGGCGGUGGACCAGCGCAUCCUGCAGAACUUGUCCGUCCCGGUGGCUGCUGUGACUCUGCAGGACCUGACAUGCCAGGCUCAGUCCAACGGGAGCCAUUUCCUGUUAGUGUUCCCAGUGAUUUCCUGUGGGACCGAGGGCCUGCUGCUGGGAGAGCCCCGAGGGGUGCAGUACACCAACGUGGUGUUGUUAUGGAGACACAAACCACAGACCAUUCUGACACCCAAUGAGACAGACAAGUCUAAAAGUCCACUCAAGAUACAUAUUAGCUGUUGGGCUGCUGCUCCCAACCCCUCCAGCCCUGCCGCUGAUGCUGAAGAUAGUGUGAACACUCCUCAGUCAGGACUGGUCCCCUGGGUACCCAGAGGUCCAGGAUCUGAUCCAGACCUGAGCCACCUCCCAACACCAAGACACAGGUCUGGGCCUGUUCUUGUUUUAGAGCUUUUUAUUAAUGAGAGCUACGAGCAGACGCGAGUCGGCCCCUGUGUCGUCACUGCAGACCACCGUGUCUACGUCGAGAUUUCAGCCAAAGGGCCCCUCGCAGAUGUCGCUCAGGUGAACUCAUGUGUCAUAUCUCCUCUGUCAGACCCCAAAAAAUCUCCUUUCUGGGCUGUAAUAAGUGACGGCUGUUCCUCAGACUCCUCACUGACCCUCCAUGCAAAGACAAAAGAUGAAGAGGAGGAAGGUGAUGGUGACCUAGAGGAGGAGGAAGAGACAGAGAAACCGGAAACAGUUCAUCACACAACUGAAAGAAGAGGUAGAGAAGCAAUGAUUCGCAAGAAGACCGCAAGGAUGGGAGCAGAGGAGGAGAUACAGCCCUUAAGGUUUAGUUUCAUCCUGCGGCCGGUUUAUAACAACUCGAUUCAGUUCCUCCACUGCAGCCUUCGAGUUUGUGUCUCUGAUCCAACGAGAGGGAAACCAACGAAGGAAACAGUGAAGAAAGACUGUCAGGGCAGACUGCAUAUCCCUCCGCUAGUAUCUAAACCAUCAAAACAUCAGUGUGAGAUCAGAAACCUCUCCAGACCCAUGGUGGUCACCCAGUCUAUGAGUUCACUGAUCCACAAAAUGCAGCCUCCUGCCGGUCCAAGAACCAAAAGACUAAGCGUUGUUCCAGUGGCCGGUCCAGACCCGCAGCACAGCAGCUCUGUGGUGCAGAUCGGACCAGUGAUGGGAAUCGUCUUCGCAGCCUUUGUGAUGGGUGUCAGUCUGAUGGGGGGGCUGUGGUGCAUCUACAGCCAUACAGGGGGACGCCAAGUACCUGCAGGAGAAGAUUAUCUAACAGACCAGACUCCUGUAAGUCAGAGCAUCUGGAGUCAGCCUUCACCGUCCGAUCAGUUCUCCAGCUCGGUGUAGAGGAUUUCCUCCUGCAAAUCUGAGAAAGGGGAACUGGGACAGAGGUUCUAACAACUUGUGUGUGUGUGUGUGUGUGUGUGUGUGUGUGUGUGUGUGUGUGUGUGUGUGUGUGUGUGUGUGUGUGCAGAGAUAUUGUUUGUGCAACGCUCCUCAUGAGUCUUUGCUUCGUGGCAGACAUGCGAGAGGACCGAGAACUUGUGACUACAGUAGCUCAUCGUAAGCGUUCUGAAGGAUCAGACGUUUGAUUGAGAGCGAAACGUGGGUUGUUCGAUGCAGCGAGCCACUCUGCAGCGAGUCAUUGCGAAACUGGCCGCGCAUCUUCACAUGGACGGAGCUGCUUCUGGAUUCAGCAGGAUCUGAUCAUGGUUGGAGUGACUCAGACAGAAACCACGUCGCCGUCCUUAGAGCCAGAACGCAAGGUCACAGAAGAAUCGAGAGGUUACUGCGUGCCUGGUUGAAGACUCACUCGUUUUCACUACUUGUGUUGUAGCUGUGAAUCAGCUGGAUGUCAAAACUACAUCUAUCUGUUGGUGAACUCUGUUCUGUAUUUAUGUGCCAAAUGAGAUGCAUUAAAUAUGCUGAGGCCCGCGUUGA